AUGGGACCCAACGGCAACUCCAUAGCAACCUUGGACCACCACCACGACCACUACCAUAGGAUCUUCAUAGAUGAUGAACCUGAAAAUGAUGCUUCACUCAGCACUACAGAUUGUGGCUACUCAAGAGCCUUUGUGUUUCUUGAUAUAAUAUGGAACUUGACAUUUGUUUUGGUGUCUUUCUAUGUGCUUAUGACCACCAAUCAAGAACGACCCUCGACUCCCUCAAGUGAGGCAAUUGGAAUCACAGACUUCAUAAAUCCCAAGGACAUGGAAAAACCAGUUCACCAGAAAAUUAGGGAAUUGACUAACGGAGGUGUGCACUAUAGCUUUGAGUGUGCUGGAAAUUUGGAUGUACUCCGGGAGGCCUUUUUAUCCACCCAUGAUGGUUGGGGAUUGACAGUAGUUUCGGGGAUUCACCCAACACCGAGGAUGCUUCCUCUGCAUCCAAUGGAGUUGUUCGAUGGCAGAAGAAUCGUAGGAUCUGUAUUUGGAGACUUCAAAGGGAAGUCCCAAUUGCCACACUUUGCCAACCAAUGCAUGAAUGGGGAGGUGAAGUUGGAUGAAUUUAUCACUCAUGAGAUGCCAUUUGCCAAUAUAAACCAAGCUCUACAGCUACUUAUAGAUGGCAAAUCUUUGAGAUGUCUUCUUCACCUUUGA